UCGCAGAAAAAAAAAACUCCAUUGUAACGCAAAGCAGUGUGUGUUACAGGAGCGGAGUCAAGUCAGGCCGGGGACUGCUCUUCCUCCGCCGCGCACGCCCUGCUCGCCGGCGACCGGCGAUGGUUCCUAAUCCGCGUCACAUCCGCCGCCUUCUCCUCGUCGCCGCCACCGCGGCCUUCAUCUACAUCCAAGUGCGGCACUUUUCUGCCCAGUCUCAUGACGCCGGACGCCUCGCCCUCGCGGGAGCAGAUCAGCCUGAUCUCUCUGUCGCCGCUGUUGUCAUAAUGGCUUGCAAUCGACCAGACUACUUGCACAGGACAGUUGAAUCUAUCCUCAAGUAUCAGAAAGCAGUUGCUUCAAAGUUCCCACUAUUUAUAUCACAGGAUGGAACAAAUGGAGAAGUAAAAAAUAAGGCCUUGAGUUAUACCCAAAUAACAUUUAUGCAGCAUGUAGAUCUUGAACCUGUGCACACUGAAAGUCCAGGGGAACACAUUGCAUAUUACAAGAUAGCUAACCACUACAAAUGGGCCUUGGACGAGCUAUUCACUAAGCGUAAUUUUCGUCGAGUAAUCAUUCUGGAAGAUGACAUGGAGAUCGCCCCAGAUUUCUUCGACUACUUCGAGGCUGCAGCGAAAUUACUUGAUACUGACAAGUCGAUAAUGGCUGUUUCUUCUUGGAAUGACAAUGGGCAAAAGCAGUUCGUUUAUGACCCAAAAGCUCUUUACCGUUCGGACUUCUUUCCUGGGCUUGGAUGGAUGCUAACAAAGUCAACAUGGAUGGAGCUGUCACCAAAGUGGCCCAAAGCUUAUUGGGAUGAUUGGGUGAGGCUAAAGGAGGUACACAAAGAUCGACAAUUUAUUCGACCAGAAGUAUGCAGGACAUACAACUUUGGCGAGCAUGGAUCAAGCAUGGGACAAUUCUUCAACCAGUACUUGAAACCAAUCAAGUUAAAUGAUGCUCAUAUUGACUGGAACUCCGAGGACCUGAGCUACCUCUCGGAGGACAAGUUCUUGAUCAAAUUUGGGAAAGAUGUCGCUAAUGCCACACCUGUGCAUGGAUCCGAUGAUUUGUUGAAGGCCCACAAUCUGUAUGUGGACGUAAGGAUUCAGUAUAACGACCAGGGCGAUUUCGAGCGUGUAGCUCGUCAGUUUGGAGUAUUUGAAGAGUGGAAGGACGGUGUUCCACGGGCAGCUUACAAGGGCGUGGUGGUCUUCCGAUACAAAAGCAGUCGAAGACGAAUAUACCUUGUCGGCCCUGACUCUCUUCGUCAACUUGGGGUUUAGCUUAGCAGUGCCGAGGUGGGAAAUUUCUCUAUUGACUCCCUGUGUAUCGCUGUCAUUACUCGUUACUGAGGUAAUUAAUUGUUCUCCGCUUGUCGUUCAAGAUUCACACAGCAUGCUGUGUGGUUGAAAAUCUGAUUCUUCAAGUCGUGGCAUCAUAGGGAUGUUGUACGUUCAGAUUUUCAGAUACAUGUCAGCAAUAUAAAGUAUUAACUGAACAACAUACGUUGGUAUACGACGGCCAACAGUGAUACCUGGAGCUACGGCGUGCUGCUCUAUGAGCUCAUCACGGGGCACCGGCGUGUCGAUGGGAAACCGACCAGAGGACGAGCAGAAGGUGCUGGACUGGGCGAAGCCAUAUCGUCUAGGUGUUGAUCUGAAUCCUUUUUUCUUGACAUCUAUACCUGAAUAGUUGAACCUACACUAGUAUAUGUGCUGGUGUAUUGAGUGAUCUAUUCCACCCAAAAGAAUGACAGUCUGCAGCUUCAGAUGUAAAUGUAGAUUAUUUAUAUAUUGCAAUCCAAACAACUCGAUGCAUUGGCAUCCAUGUACAUUUUUUGAAUGGCACGAAACAUAUUUUUUGAAUUA